GCUCAACACCAACAACGAAAACCCCUGCAUAAGGCCAGCACCAACGAACGCCACAUCUCAGAUCUUGCCGUGCCCAGACGAGACGAAGUUGAGGAGACCUCAUCGUCAGGAUCUGAGAUAGACUAGCUGGAAACUCAGACACCGACUCCUUUUCAACAUGGGGCGCCCGGCAGACGAGGACCUCCCCGAGGUAGCGACAUUCCCACCUCGAUCAGAGUACUCGACACUACCUGAAGUUGUGCCCGACACAUCACCUGAAGCAGGGCAACCACCAUUGCAAUACCAGCACGAUAAAUUCGCUGCGUACUACGACGAUGCGCCGAAACUGCCAAACGAGGAGCCUUCACCAGGUGCGGGGGUGGGGACGAUGCAGUCUCAGGAGGGUGUGGGAAGCGCGCUGGGUGCCAUGAGCCCGGACACAUCAGUGCCGUGGCAAUCUAUUGACCAGCACACAACACAAAAUGAGAAGCAGGAGGAGCCGCGCAUCUGUGGCAUCCGCCGGCGCAUCUUCAUCAUACUCUGUGUUGUCGUCGUUCUCAUCAUCGUCGCAGUGGGAGUCGGGGCCGGCAUCGGCGCCUCGAGGGCCCGUGGGGGUGAGGAGUCAGAGUCAGACGCGGCGGCUACCUCGACAACAACCUCCAUCGCGCCUGCGGAGACAGUAGAGUUUCUCAACAACCAAUCCAUUGGUCUUGGUCAGGCCUUUCAGGGAUGGGAGGGCUUCAAUUUCACGGGGAGAAACACGCCUAUCUUGAGAGAGGAGGGCUUCCACGACCUAGAGAUCCCCAUCGUCAGUUAUAUCUGGACGCCCAACGGAACCGAUUAUUGCAUUACCAUGUGUUACAACAAAACCCAUAGAGCCGGGUGGAGAUGCCGGCCACGACGGCAAAGAGAGGCCGAAAAUCAGGGGUUCAAGCGGAUUUACAUCUGGACAAAUAUCGCGGCAAAUGACGGCGCUAGCUCGAGAUGCUCAUGAGGAGCCUCACGGCGUAUUGAGGGGAUAGUGCGACCAAGGAUUGAACUCUAGGUGUUGGGGCAUGUGCUUUUGCUGUUUUGAGUUGUUGAGCAUUGCAGAUGAUACCUCGUUGAAUUGGCGGACGGUUAUGGGCAUGGGAUGGCUUUACUUUACUUUUGGGGAUCGGCGAAUCGGGUCCAAAUAGGUUG